AUGGUUGAUUAUCGACCAAAAGGUCAUAAUUUGAUCAAAUUAGAAGAGGAAGUGCUUAUCCAGUAUAUAAUCGAUAUGGAUGAGAGAGGGUUUGCAUUUAAAUUAAGUAGUGUAGAAGAUAUAGCGAAUUAUAUCCUCGAAUCGCAGGGUGCGAAGAAGGUUGGAAAGCUCUGGGCUCAUCGCUUUGUUAAACGAUGCCUAGAAUUAAAGAUGCAUUUUAAUCGCGUUUAUGACUUUCAAAGAGCUCUUUGCGAAGAUCCCAAGCUUAUUGAAGAGUGGUUUGGAUUGGUAUCGAAUAUAUGGGCGAAAUAUAGUAUUGUCGAUUCCGAUUUCUAUAACUUCAAUGAAACUGGCUUUAUGAUGGGUGUAAUAUGCCCUGGAAUGGUUGUAACUAGUAUUGAACGAUGUGGCAGAAGCAAGGCAAUACAAUUAGACAAUCGAGAAUGGGCUACAGCGAUUAUAUGUGGUAAUGGAGAGGGUUGGACUAUACCUCCAUUCUUGAUGGUGCAAGGACAAUAUCACCUUUCUAAUUGGUAUACCGAAAGCGGUUUUCCUGCAGAUUGGGCUUUUAAACCUACUUCCAAUAGAUGGACGAAUAAUGAGACAGGUCUAGAAUGGUUAAAGCAUUUUGACAAACAUACUAUUCGUCAAAGGAAGGGCAAAUAUCGAAUGCUAGUAUUGGAUGGGCACGAAAGCCACGAAUCAAUAUCUUUUCAAUCAUAUUGCAAGUCAAAUGAUAUUAUAUGCCUCAGAUUACCAUUAAAUUCAAGUCAUUUAACUUAA